AUGAGUUACCCUUUGAAAUACGGUUUUAAAACUCGAGAAUCCUUAAAAUGGAACAUCAACCUGCAACCAGAUGACGUGAUAGACUUUUCUCCAAGUGCCUCCGAAUCCAAAAUACUCACUCUAGAAAAUAGGGGGCAUAAUAGGAAAGAGAAUAGCACAGAAGAUGAAGAUUUUCGAAAUGGAACAGUUACGCUUAGUAUGUCAACGAACAGCAAUAAGACGGUGCCACUCACUCUCACGUAUCAGCUGGAUCCUUUGUCAGAGGAAGAUGGAAUUAUAUAUGCGGCUCUUCUGUUGUUGACGCUUUAUGUUUUAAUUAUUUUUGAGAUAGUCAAUCGGACAAUCGCCGCGCUUCUAUCGUCAUCCUUAGGCAUCGCAGUUCUGGCAAUCAAUGGCACCAGACCAACACUCCAGGAGCUGGUCUCGUGGCUGGACUCGGAGACGCUGCUGCUCCUCUUCAGCAUGAUGAUUUUAGUUGCGUUACUUGCGGAGACGGGGCUAUUUGAUUACCUAGCAGUUGUUGCUUUUGAGGUCACCGGAGGAAGGACCUGGCCCCUGAUCAACUGCCUCUGCUUCUUUACCGCUUUCUUUUCCACAUUCCUGGACAACGUUACUACUGUGCUGUUGAUGACACCGGUAACAAUCCGAUUAUGCGAAGUGAUGCAGCUGAACCCAGUUCCCGUUCUGAUGUCAAUGGUGAUCUUUAGUAACGUGGGAGGGGCUGCCACUCCCGUGGGGGACCCGCCCAAUGUCAUCAUCGCCAGUCAUCCAUCCAUAUUGAAUGCGAAUAUAAACUUCACAAAUUUCACACUACACAUGGGCCUCGGAAUACUGUUCGUGAGCGUACAGACAUACUUUCAACUCCGAUUUAUAUUUAGAGACAUUAAUUCAUUAAGACACGCUGUACCAAGAGAUAUUGUGGAACUUCGUCAAGAGCUGGCCGUUUGGAAACGUGCGUCGGCGUCCCUCAGUCCCUACUCAAGAGACGAGGACAUAGUCAAGCGGGCUCUGGAAAAAAAGGUACAGAGACUAAACGUUCUGUUGCUGAAAAAAGAGAGCGGAAGUGGUACGAACAAGAACGACCCGCUUUUCUGUUCAACUCUUGCGCAGAUGAAGGAAAAGUACCGUAUCCGAGACAAGCCACUGCUUAUAAAAGCCUCCAUUUGCGUCACCUUCGUUGUGGUGGUCUUCUUCCUACACGCAAUACCACAGCUGCAAAAUCUCUCUCUAGGUUGGACAGCAUUAUUAGGCGCUAUUCUCUUACUCCUACUAGCGGAGAGGGAAGACCUGGAGCCGAUUUUGGCACGAGUUGAGUGGUCGACUCUCCUCUUUUUUGGUGCUUUAUUUGUUUUAAUGGAGGUCCUGGCCAAGUUAGGGCUAAUAGCAUGGAUAGGCAGACUGACAGAAAACCUCAUUUUACAAGUUGGUGAAGAAUCAAGACUAGCUGUAGCCAUUAUGCUGAUCUUAUGGGUGUCUGGCCUGGCUUCAGCAUUCGUGGACAAUAUACCACUGAGUACCAUGAUGGUACGAGUAACGGCAGCCUUGUCUGAUCCCACUGGCCUGGCGCUACCACUGCAACCUCUGGCGUGGGCUUUAAGCUUUGGGGCUUGUUUGGGUGGUAACGGAACCCUUAUUGGCGCCAGCGCAAAUGUCGUAUGCGCAGGAGUCGCCGAACAACACGGCUACAGAUUCACGUUUAUGGAGUAUUUGAAGAUUGGUUUUCCUAUUAUGAUUGGAAAUCUUAUAGUUGCGUCAAUUUAUUUAUUGGUCUGUCAUGUUCUGUUUACGUGGCAUUGA